CUGCCUUCCCCCACUUACAAAUACCCCCUCUAUACCCAAAUCUCCUAUUGUCCCUCUCCCUCCCUUCUUCCAUCCCCCACUCUCUUCCACUCCACUCCUCCAAAUGGAACCAACUCCCACCUCCAUCCUCCUCUGCCCUCCAUUAGAUAUAAAGAAAGACACCACUCCUGCCGGUGCCAUGGUCUUCGACUCCACUUUGCUCAGAAAACAAUCCAAGAUACCCCAGCAAUUCAUAUGGCCUCCAAGUGAAAGGCCCAGGACCCUAAAAGAGCUCAAUGCGCCAGUGGUCGACCUCCAUGGUUUCCUCCGAGGCGACGAGGCAUCCACACUGCGAGCCGCCGAGCUCAUUAGGACGGCUUGCACCACCCACGGUUUCUUCCAAGUCACCAACCAUGGCGUCGAUAUCUCCCUCACCCGAGACGCAUUUGCUUGCAUGGAUCAAUUCUUUACGCUUCCCCUUGGCUGCAAGCUUCGGGCCAAGAGGAAGCCAGGGAGCUUGUGGGGCUACGCCGGGGCUCACGCUGACCGCUUCUCCUCCAAACUACCCUGGAAGGAGACCCUCUCCUUCGGCUACCAUGACGCUGGUCCUCAACGCAUGGUCGUCGACUACUUCACAUCCGUCCUUGGCACGGAUUUGGAGAGAAUGGGGUUGGUAUAUCAAAGGUAUUGUGAGGCCAUGAAGGAGUUAUCAUUGGUGAUCAUGGAGAUCCUAGCAAUAAGCUUGGGAGUAGAUCGAUCGUUCUAUCGACAAUUCUUCGAGGACAGUAGCUCCAUAAUGAGAUGCAACUACUAUCCGCCAUGCCAAGAGCCUGAGCUCGUACUCGGGACCGGACCGCAUUGCGACCCGACCUCGCUAACCAUUCUCCAACAAGAUCAGGUUGGUGGGCUUGAGGUAUUCAUCGAUGAUGAAUGGCGGUCUGUUCGACCGAUACAUGAUGCUCUUGUCAUCAACAUCGGCGACACAUUCAUGGCCCUAUCAAAUGGCCGGUACAAGAGCUGCCCGCACAGGGCGGUGGUGAAUCGCCUGCGGGAGCGGCGAUCGCUGGCCUUCUUCCUGUGCCCGAGGGAGGACCGGGUGGUGCGGCCACCGCCAGGCAAUUUCGGCGGGCCGAGGCUGUACCCGGACUUCACAUGGGCCGAAUUCAUGGCAUUCACCCAGAGCCACUACCGGACCGACAUGCGGACCCUCUCCACCUUCACCCACUGGCUUCUAUCCUCCAAGACUCUAUCAACUUAGCUUCUUCUCUUUUGGAUCCUUUUGAUCAUUGGAUCCAUGCCCAUGGAGCUACAUGGCUUUACUCUCCCCCACUGCCUCACUCCCUCACAAGAUCAAUUAUAUGGACAAAAACAAAAACAUCAUGUUAUUGCUGUUGUUGUUGGUGUUCCCUUGCUUAAAUCCACGAGGGAUUGAGGUGUGGAUGUGGUAAGGCUCAGUCAUGUGAUGCCCUGCCCCACAAGGCCACUGUUUUUGAAGGCAUUUUGUAUCUUCUUUAAAUAAUAUAUAUGUAUGUAUGCACAUA